AUGCUUCUGAACCCGUUCCGACCAUGUGAGGGCACUCCAACCUUCCAAGAGGAGUACCGGAAUAGUAGCUACGUCCCGGAGGUGAUUGAAACCGUGUUAGGCCGCCAGGUUGUGGCGCCAGAUACACCCUACGUGGCUGCCGCCGGCCCCAGCGCCCUAUACUUUAUCGACACCCGAUUCGACCCUGAAACAGCCCAGCAUAUCAAGCUACAGAUUGAGAAGGCCUCCGUACCGCAACUAGACGAGUACAUCGCCAUUGACGAGAUCGAGGCCACGGCAGAAGUGAAGAACAGGGUGACUGGAGAAACGACCUUCGUGUUUGACCCCCCCUAUGCUCGGGUGCUGUUUGCCAGAGGCAUGAACAGGCACAAUCCGGACCUCAAACUACCGGAACAUGAGCCGGCCGGCGACUGGUUAGUGACCUACAACCUGGACAGUAUCCUGACUACAACAAAGCGGGCCAAUAUGUUCUGCUAUGACUAUGGCUGCUAUACCCAACAAGACUGCAUCCACCAGACGCAUGGCAACUGUAACAUCUGUCACCAGUAUCGGGUGGACAACGAGUGUGACAGCAGGCAGCCGAAUGCUAUCGGUAUAUGUCACCCACUCUGCUCUAAGGCUGUCGACACCCCCAAGGAAGAUGGAGAGACGGACGCAAAUUAUUAUCAGCGUAUGGACGAAUUGCACUGGGGAGCGCAAGAAGACCAGUGA